CAGGCAGUGGCAAAGGCACACAGUGCGCCAAAAUUGUGGAGAAAUACGGCUUCUGUCACCUCUCUUCUGGUGAUCUUUUGAGGGCAGAAGUGGCAUCUGGUUCAGAGAGAGGUCAGAGGUUAAAUGAAAUCAUGGAGAAAGGAGAUCUUGUAUCAUUGGAAAUUGUUAUCACCUUACUGAGAGAAGCCAUGUUAGAAAAAGCAUCCACAGCUAAAGGCUUCCUGAUUGACGGUUAUCCAAGAGAGCUGGAGCAGGGAGUGCGCUUUGAAAAAGAGAUCAAGCCUUGUGAAGUGGUACUGGUGUUUGACGUGCCUGAUGAUGUCAUGACUAAGAGACUUCUGGAGCGGGGUAAAAACAGUGGACGAGUGGAUGACAAUGAGGAGACUAUCAAGAAACGCCUGGAAACCUUUCACAACAUCACGCAGCCUGUCAUUGAUCAUUUCCAGGACCAGAACAAAGUCAGAAAAAUAUCUGCCAUUGGUGAUGUAGAUGAAGUAUUCAAACAAGUGGAAAAAGUUCUUGAUGAAGUCACAAAGGAAGAUGUUACCUUGAAAGAUGCCCAGGUUGUCUUUGUUUUGGGUGGCCCAGGCAGUGGCAAAGGUACACAGUGUUCCAAGAUUGUGGAGAAAUACGGCUUCUGUCACCUCUCUUCCGGUGACCUAUUGAGGGCAGAGGUGGCAUCUGGUUCAGAGAGAGGUCAGAGGUUAAAUGAAAUCAUGGAGAAAGGAGAUCUUGUACCUUUGGACAUUGUGUUAGAUCUGAUCAAGGAAUCCAUGAUUAAGAACUUGUCUGAGACAAAGUGUUUUCUGCUAGACGGCUAUCCCAGGGAGCUAGAACAAGGGCAAAGAUUUGAAAAUGAGAUUGUUCCUUGCACUAGCGUGCUUCUGUUUGACGCCCCAGAUGAGACAAUGAAAUCCAGACUCCUGGAACGUGGUAAGACGAGCGGCAGAGUGGAUGACAAUGAGGAGACCAUAGAGAAGCGUUUACAGACCUUCCACAAUAUCACACAGCCUGUCAUUGAUUACUAUGACAAACAGAACAAGCUAACAAAGAUCAGUGCGGAUGGCCCAUCGGAUGAGAUCUUCAAGCAAGUGGAGAAGUAUCUGGACAGCCGGCCCUGGUAAUCAGAGGAAUGUAUUGCUCACCUGUUUUCUCCGCAAUUGUUCUUAUACAGCACUGUAUGUUAUGGUACCUAGAUAACGGAAGAGCCUUUGAAUUGAUGGGUCUUUUUCAGGAUAAAUUUGUUGCAGGGUUUCUCAUUGUCAGGAUUAUAGGGAAAUUAUAUAAUCAAGGAUUACUGAUGCCAUAUAUGUCUGUAUCCUGUCACUGAGUAACCAUGUAACUAAUAAAGUCAUGUGAGCAGCGUUGAAGAAAUAUACGUUUGGUAUAUCUUCACAAAUUUGAAGUAGAGUGGGAAAGGCUAUUGUCAGGUACCCAGUUUGGUGUGAGGGUUCUCCUAGAUUCCUUCCAUCCAUAAACUUGAUCUACUUGUGAUACUUGUGAGUCAAAUAUUGUUAUGCAUUCAAAAGAGUAAAUAUAUGUAUAUUGCCUAUCUUCUAAUAUGAAAAUUUGAACAUGAAAUUGUAGCAUGCAGUAUAAAAAAGCGCUUAAGGUGUCCAGGCCAUAUCUGUUAUUAUGUAAUUGUAGUGUUAACCAUAGUUUAAUUGCCAUACAUGUACUUUAUAUACAGAAUUGAUCUUUUUACAAAUUUAACACUAUUUUUUGGUUUCACCACAUGACACUUUUCUACUCAAAGAUAUGACAUGAAUUUUAUUAUCAGUUUUUAUGUGUGCUGUAGGUACCUGUAGGAAUGAACCUGUUGUAUAACCUCUUGUAUAAAAUAUUAACUUUUUGCCACUAAUUUAGGCUGUUUAGUCUAAAUUCACUCUUUAUGUCCAUGUACAUUUAUUAAACCUUUUAUUCUGCUAAUUUUUCAUUCAUUUUGUUGCUAGAUUAAUGGUUAAAGGUGAAGUUGAGUUAUUAAUUGGAGAUCUGUACCUGGGCAUUAACAGUUCAACAAAGCAGCUCUGAAGUAUUAUUUACUGUACAGUAUUUGGAAUUUUAGAUAUUUUUCACAGUAUGCAUUUUUACCUAUAUGUAUGUUCAAAAUGUUCACAUACAUCUAGGAUAUUUCUUUCAGAAAAACAUUUCUUCAAAACAGAACACAUGAGGACCCCAAGAGUGAUAAUUCAUAUCUGGUGCAGUUGCAUUACCGUUGCAUGUAAUAUACAGUGUCAUUCAUCGUGACCUGUAUAUCACUGGUUGAGUGCACUUCUGUCAGAAGUCCACGAGCCCAACGAGGGUACAGGUUCAAAUCCAUCUUUGUCUAGUUCCGCUAUUCUCAAGACAUUGGUGGCAGUAAAUGGACAACAUGCGUAUGGCCAUCUAGAUAGUCUUAUUAGAGAUCACUUAAUAUUCCACCAGUGUAGCGUGCAUGUAAAGGCAUUAUUCACGUAUUGGAAAGUUACUGGAAAUCUUCAUACAUUUACUGUGAAAAUAAUGAUAAAAAUGAUUUGCCCUGUGUCACUAAACAUGCAGGCUUCAUAAAACUGUGCAAAUUAUAUUGUAUUUGUCUAUGCUCUAUAGUUCUCUCAGAAUGUUUCAAAAUAUUGGCUGCUGAGGCAUUUGAAAAGACUGAAGAAUUGGGGUAGUCAGCUUGAAACACUCCAGUUUCUUUCAUCAGUAAAACUGACUUGUCAUGUACAAGUGAAAUAUUCUUUAGUACGAUGUUGAAACAAAUCAAAUCAAAUAUUUUAAGCUCGCACUAGUUAGGCCACAUAUAAAGUGAGGAGCUAGGUUUGUCAGGUGGCUGAAAAGGUGUUAUGGUUUCUUCCUCAGUCUAAAAAUUUCACCGCCAUCCUAUAAAUGAAAAUAUUCCUCAUCAUGGCAUAAACCAGUCAAUAUUAUUUGAUGUAUAAAACAGAUCGAUACAUAUGGAAUUAUCAUCUAUAGAUAAUCUCUUAAUAAUAUACCUGAUUACAUUUGUGUGAUUUUAACUAAAACUCUUGAGGUAUAAUGUUACGAUAGUAAGAACACUGAUGAUUGUAGCAUUUUUGUCUUUUCUGUUAAGUGUUCUUUCCUGUCUGCUGCAAAAAAGAAAGAUAUGAAGAUUGGAAAUUGUUUUUCUGCACGCAUUUGAAUUACGACAGUAUUUUAGUAAAUGGUGCAUUCUACCUAUUAUAAACAAAGUUCAACUGCCUGUGAUGAACUUUGAAAGGAUAUUAUCAUAGAGAUGUGAUCAACAUAUAGCAAUUAUGUGUCUAUUUCGUUUUAUAUAUUUCUUUUUGCUCAUUUCAAGAGCCAGCAACCAGUUGAAAUGGUUGGUUCUUUUUUCAGUUAAAGCUCAUGUUAUAUUUAUGUUUUAUGUAUAUUUAUUAAAAACUUU